AUGAUUUGUCUAUACGCAGAAAACAAUCUAUCCACUAUUACAUUCAUUUUCUACACGUUCAUACGCAUCCCAUUCCUCCAAAUAACACAGUCAAUUUCAAGAUUCUUCAUCUUCCUGGUUGACCCACACCACCAAUUAUCAGCAGCAGCAGAUCAAAGCAUCAGCCAUUGUCAACCAGAUUGGGAGCUCAAUCUCCCACUCUCCCAAUUUCAAGAACUCGAACAUAGCUCCACUGAAGAAGUGUGCUCCAUCUGUUUGAUGGAAUUCCUCAGAGAAGACACUGUCAACAAACUGCCCAGAUGUGGCCACGUUUUCCACAUGGAAUGCCUCGAAAAAUGGCUCGACCGAUGCCGAUUCACCUGCCCACUCUGCAGAUCUUCUCUGCUUAGCGUUCGUUCGUCUUCGCCAUGCAAAACACGGGCUUCUCCGCCGUUAUCGAUCAAUCUGCUCGCCCACGAUUCUUAG